AUGCCCGCCACUGCUACAGCAGCAGCAGAGGCGGCAGAGGUAGGAAAACAACCACCACAGCCACAGCCACAGACGCAGCCAUCACCUUCAUCGCCAUCAUCCUCGGCCACGACUUCCAAAUCCUUUCGACAAAUCAUCCAGUCUAGUGCCAUCGGACGUGCUGCCGAUUUCUACAGUCGCAUACAAAGUCGCAGACCGUACUGGACGCAGUUGUGGUGUACAUUGUUUAUUUAUCUAUGUGGGGAUCUAAGUGCGCAGCUGUUUGUAGGGGAUGGUGGGGGGAAAGCCAAAGACAAGGACAAAGAUAUGGAGAAGAAAGUAAAUAAGAAGAAUGGGGAGCAAGAGAGAGGGAUGGGUGAUGAGGUAGAGAAGGAGGGUGUAAUGGCUCGGUAUGACCCGCUGAGGACGGUUAGGCAUAUGACGGUUGGCGCUCUUGCUGCUGUUCCGGGGUAUAAAUGGUUCAUGUACCUCCACAACAACUUCAACUUCCGCUCCAAACCUCGCUUCGUCUCAAUCAUCACAAAAGUAGCCAUUAACCAAGUCUGCUUCACACCGAUCUUCAACACGUAUUUCUUCUGCAUGCAAUCACUACUGGCGGGUACCUCGCUCACGGAGACGUGGGAGCGCCUCAAACUGGCCUUACCGACUAGCAUCGUGAAUAGCGCGAAGUUAUGGCCGGCCGUGACAGCGUUUAUGUUCAUGUAUGUUGAUCCACAGUUUCGGAACAUAUUCGCCGGUGCUAUUGCGGUGGGUUGGCAGACGUAUCUUAGCUGGCUAAAUCAGAAGGCGGCAAAGGAAGUUGAGGCAGCAGAAGCGGCGCAAGCGCAAGCUCAGGCUGUGGAGGUGGAAGGACUCUCACUACAUCUCUCUCAAAUGAGCCAGUCAGCCUUCCUCGAGAAGCCCGCUGCCGGCCCCCUCCCAUCACCACAACCCCCGACAGUCCCGAGCCCCCUAGCAGCAACACGAGAGAAUACAACGACGGGGGAGGACACAUUGGACAGCGCUGCCAGCAGCGACUACGGGUCCGACUUCUCCCCCGACGAGGAGGAGCUGUUGAAUCUGCUGCUGGCGCGGAUCGGCGAGGACCACGAGCAGGCGACGACGGUUGUUCCUGGAUCCGGUUCUCCUUCUGUAUUUGCGACGCCUGCACUCACGCCUCUUGCGGUGUCUUCUGAUCCCGCUGGAGCGGAAGAAGGGGCCGAGUCAGGUGCAAUUGGUAUUGGUUAUCCUGAGACGAUUGCGCAACUGCAAUUACAGUCACAGUCACUUCCACUGCUGCCUCUGACAGAUAUUGAGGAUUAUGUUGCUGAGCAUCCGAAUUCGGCUGAGGGACGGGAGCGAGAGAGACAGCGUGAAGUUGAGCGAGAGCGAGGGCAUAUAGCUGUGGAUCAGGGCGCCCAGGAUGGAAAUGCAAAUGGACUGCCUAUUCCAGAUAUGCGGUCUCCGCUUGAACGUUUCCGGACACCACCUAGGAAAGCUUUGUCGGUCACGGAUCUGGUGUCUCCUGCUUGGUGUGAGUUACAGUAUUGGUAUACCUUGACAAAACUCGGGCGGAAGAGGGCUACACCAGCAAUGAAGCAGGGGACCGUGGUGCAUAAAGAGUUGGAAGACCAGGUGCAUACCACCGUCCCUGUUGAAGUUAUGACGAAAGAAGAUGGGUGGGCUCUACGAAUAUGGAAUGUUAUACAGGGGCUGCGUACACUGCGGGUUUCGGGGAUGACUAGAGAAUUGGAGGUUUGGGGGAACGUUGAUGGAGAAAUCGUAACGGGAAUAAUUGACCAGCUGUCCUAUGAUUGUCCGGAUGAGGAGCUGGAGGAAUCUGCAGAAGCGAGUUACGCGGAUCUGAGAACGUCUAAAGCAUUGCUUCCGGAAUAUCAGACCUCGAUUACGGACUUCUUCCUUUCUCCGGCUGGUGGCGGACGGAGGCUUUCUGAUAUUGGGGUGGCCAAGCAUGAACGGGGAUAUGGCAUAUUCGGCGGCGGGGUCCCCCGAGACACCGUUAAAGAAGAUAUAUAUCACAGAUAUCAAGACUCGCGGGAGCAGCAGUCGCUCUAUCCCAUCUCUGCAACUAUACUAUCACUUCCUCCACCCGCCUCGUCACCACCGAACGACGUCACCAUUGACGCUAUCGCAACGCGAUAUAAGCUCGAAGUUGACAAGCCAUUUUCUGACAGUUUCAUCGCUCAAGUAGGCAGCCUCAACGAGCAAUUUUUCGACGCGUCAGAAGACCUAGAUGCGGACUACUUCCCCUCUUCAUCGGGCGCGGAAAGUGAAGGAGAAUUCCCUUCCAGCAGCCAGGAUUCAAUGACCAUCCUCCUCGAACACAACUCCCUUUCUCGUCUCUGGAAGCUCAUGAAGUCUCAACACCGCCUCACGUUCCUUCCCCCAAACACGAAUCCUAGUACCACCACCCACUCCCAACCCCAGGACGACGCCCAAGAAGACACUCCACCCUUUCCAACCCUCCUCUCUCCUGUCCUAACAGCCACCUACAUAGCCCCACCAUCUAGCCCUGAUGAGUCCAUGCAAUACAUCGGCAGCCGCUCCUUCCUUUUCAAUCCGUCCUCCCUCUACAGCUACCUAACAGAUGAAAUGCAUUGGUGGCGCGGACACAGGCAACCGCGUGGUGUGCCAAUUAUGGAGGCGUGGAAGUGUCGGAUAUGUGAGUUCCAGGAGGAGUGUACAUGGCGACGGGAGAUGGAGGGGAAGAUGGCCGUUAAUAAGAGGAGGAAGAGGGAAGGCGAGGAGGCGAAUGGAGAAGGGCCGAUGGGACCUGUAGAUGGGAAUGGGAAUGCGGACAGUGAGGGGGGAGAGGAUGUGUCUGGGCAGAGUGUUGUGUAA